CAGACGAUGCCGACCGGAUGUAGUUACGAUGCUGGACUAUACGUGUGCGACUAUACGACCCUUAGCGGAAGCAGUCUCAUACCUUUACAAGCGUCCGGAUUCAGCCCCAUCCCACAGAGGCUCAAACUAACUGGAUUACCAACAACUUUAAACAGCGCCGUCUUUGAUACAGAUUUCGCUUCUUUAGAUAAUUGUAAGAGCGCUUUUAUUUCCCUUUAUUCUUUUAAAAGACGUGAAGCAUCUCGGAUUUUCCAGAAGCUUUACUGUAUCUUAAAUUGUCUUGUUACUAAUCAUAUCGUAAAACUUAUGAUUUUACCAUUGUUUAUUAUAGCGAGUUAUGACACCAACUACCCGGCCUCUCUGGAACUUGUGUGUGAGAAUGGAGGAUCCCUUUCGGUAGCCUCGGGCUUUCUGGUUAACAUGGACCAUAUUGAAGACUUCAAGAUCACCAACUGUGACCUCGGCAACAUCCCCGCUAACGCUUUUAGUGAACUAGGGACCUUAGACCGGCUUAUGAUUGAGAAUGGAACAGUCAGUUCAUUUGGUAUGAGCUGUUUAGAUGGACUUACGAUUGUUCGGAACGCCUCUGUCUUUCCCACGUUUCCAAAGCAACACGGAGCGUUGAUCAUUAAAAAUACGUUAUUAACGAGUGGAAGUUUGCCUACCGACCUGCUCACUGGUCAGACAGACCUGUAUGAAGCUGUAUUCAGGAAUAUGAAUCUGACAUCAAUCGAUGCGGCAGUGUUUGGCACCGGAACCAGCGAAAACAUCCGGUAUUUAGACCUGAGUCACAACUCCCUCACCACUCUACCGAGUGAUCUCUUCUCCAAUCUCAACAAUCUAGGAGUGAUCUCACUCUAUGGUAUGGAUAUCGACUGCAGCUGCUCGAACCUCUGGUUUAUGAAGUAUGCCCACGAGAACUACCUCACCCUAGAGGGGGACAUAAUCUGCAACAGUGACAAAAAGUUGGCAUGGGCGUUUUAUUACUCUAACUGUGUAGAGGAGGAAGCAGCCUGUUCUGGUGGUAUCGCUCUUCUGGACGCAUGUUUGACCGCAAUUGACCUCGCUGGGUUUUCUGUUGGGUUCAUAGCCUUUGUUAUGGGAUGGGUGGUUCUCGGCAUCACAAUCCACACCAGGAAACAACAGAAUCCAGCCAAAGGUAAACCUGGAAAUAGAAAGCCGGGAGCCAAGCGUACCGCGCCAAAGAAACCGCCAAAAGGCGGAUGGGCAUAA